AUGGCUGAGUUGGACGCCCUUAUUGACUCGCUCAUUCAACAACGCAACGCCCCGGAGGCGUCUUAUAUCGACUGCAGAUAUGAAAACACCCUCAAGGUCGAGCAGAUACCUGGGAAAGGUCAAGGAGUUUUCGCAAAACAGUUCUUGUCCGUGAAAGACCCGGUCUGUUCAUUAAACUUCCCAGCCAUGAUGGCGAUCGACUCGGACUUUUUACCGAUGACGUGCUAUCAUUGCCUGGUUGUCACGGAGAGUCCCCUACCCCUCCCAGGGCAUGGACACACAUCUAUCCAACUCAAGAUCUGCAACGGCUGUCGUUCUGCUCGCUUCUGCAGUAAAGACUGCCAGGUUGACGCCUGGCAUGCGUAUCACAAGUACGAAUGUAAGAUCUUCAAAAGGCUGCAAAACAACUUGCCCCCAGCCAUUCUUAGGGCGGUGUUGCGGGUAGUGCUCCUCAAGGACCGAGAUGUCCUGCCUAGCGACGAAUGGAGCCGCAUUUCGCAGCUAGUUUCUCACGAACAGAUCCUUGCUGCCCGAGGUCGGUCAAACCUGACGGACAUGGCCGAAGGCAUCAAACAUCUGGCCGCGUCCAGCAUGGGCAUUGAGACGAUUCAGAGGCUCAUUUUCAUCGUGAAGUCCAACGCGACCGAGCUGCCCACGCCGAUCCAGGGGGGAAUAGGGGUUAUGUUGGAGCCUCUCGUGGCCAAAUUCAACCACAGUUGUGAACCUAAUCUGGCCGUCCAUAGGCCUCAACAUACCAUGAGCAGCCGCUGGAUGAGCUCUACACAACUCUCAGACGAUGAGCGCCGGACAUUCGUCCACGUCAUUCCCCUGAGAGACAUCCAGCAAGGUGAAGAGCUCCUUAACUGCUACAUUGUUCCCACGGCGUCGGCGAAUGCCCGGAGAGCGAAAUUGAUGGAGGACUACUUCUUUACGUGCCACUGUCCUAAAUGCCUCUCGGAUGUUAAUGCCGCUACAGACCUAGCUGCUACUCAACCGAGUCUCCCCACCCAAUUUGACAAAUGGACGGAGUCGGUUUCACGCCAUCUCGCGCCAGAAAAAAGAAGCCUUGACGCCUUUCGAAGGGCCGCCGCCGGUAUGGACAAGUCAGAGCGCUUCCUCGAAUAUCCCGCGCUCUACACCACGGGCAAAUUCCCCGAGAUGGCGAUGAGACUCAUUCUGGAAGGGUUGAAGCAGCAGGCCUUGGACGAAGCCGUGGUCAACAUACUUCGGAUUUAUUUUCUCGUCAAUCCACAGCGCUUGGUCGGUCGACAUAACCCCACCAACAUCUACACGAUCUUCCUCAUGCUUGACAUAUUUGAUGCGAUUUUGGGAAUCUCGACCCCGUCUGGAGUCACCGGCGACAAGGUCGAGAAUUGGCUGCGUGAUCUCUCAAAUCGGGGGUUGAGUAGAGAUGGGGUGAUUUACUGGCGGCACAGAAUAUGCACAGAUGUACGAAAACGGCUGGAGGAUAGCGCAUUGACGGAUGUGCUCAGUCUGGUCCAGAAGCGGGAGGAGCAGGCGAAGCAGACCAUCGACAAAGACCGUCUGGCCGAAGGAGAGGGAUUAAAGAAGCGUGCGGAAGAGGAGAUGAGAGUGGUGCUAGGGUUGAAAGAGCAAAGGUGGCAGGGUGUUAUGCAGGAGACCGGGUGCUGA